ACUGUGCAACGGCGCUUCGUUAGGCAGUUUGAAUGUGUCGUCAAACAAAUUCGUUUUAAAAGUUUUAUUUCGUGCCAACUAUGGAUUUAUCUGUUGAUUUGAUUUUAGGAUAUCAUACGUAAAGGUGUAUUAGUUUUGAUGGCCACUAACCUUGGCAUGGCAUCCCUUGCUGACAAGCUCCGCCUAGCCGCCAGCAAGGGACAGUUUGAUAAGGUGGAGGAGCUGCUCAGAGCUGGGGCCAAUACCUACGAUACAGACAAUGAAGGAAGGUCUUCCCUGCAUCUGGCUUGCUACCAUGGCUUCCCUGAUGUCACCCAAAUUCUUCUCGAUGCUGGAUCUGAUGUCAAUACACAAGAUCAUAUGGGCUACACCCCUCUUCACCGAGCAGCUUCUCAGGGCCACCGUGAGAUUAUCAACCUUCUGCUUGCGAGAGAGUGUCUCCUCGAUAUCCAGGAUAGAGUGCAUGGAAAUGCCCCCAUCCACGAGGCUGCCUGGAAUGGGUUCAGUGAAUCUCUAGAUAUGCUCAUCAAGGCAAAGGCUAGAAUCUUCCUCACAAACAAGUCCGGUUUCACAGCUCUCCAUCUUGCGUCCCAGAAUGGUCACAACCAGAGUGCCAGGGUCCUCCUCUAUGGCAAUGCCAAUGCUGACAUGAAAAACAAUUAUGGUGACACCCCCCUCCACACUGCUGCCCGGUAUGGUCAUGCUGGCGUCACUCGCAUUCUCAUGAGUGCUCGUGCCCGGAUCAACGAACAAAACAAGAACGGUGAUACUGCUCUACAUAUUGCUGCAGCUCUCAAGAGACGAAAGAUAACGAAGCUUGUGGUUGAAGCAGGCAUUGAUCCCAACAUCAGGAACAAGCAAGGGGAAACUGCUGUUGAUGUGGCUCGUAGGAAAGACCAUGCAGAAGUCAUCCAACUCAUCUUGAAGCCAAAGGCUCGUCGCCGAGGGAAGAAAGACGACCUUGAUGGGACUCGUACGAUCUCGGUGACCAUGUCUGACCCAGACCUGAUGGAGGACAAGGGACCAGAGGAGAAAGAGACCAAGAAGGCCAAGUUUCCAUUCUUUCGGAAGAAGAAUAAGAAAUCUAAGGCGAAGGUGAAAUCCUCUCCUGGUCCAACUCCACCACAGCGUGUCCCACCGCAGGGUGGUCCAGGCCAGACUCCAUCACCUCACCAAGCUAGCCCAGCAGCACAAGCCCAGCAGGGACAACCAGGUCGGCCUGGACAACGUGGUCGGCCCACUGUUGGAUUCUUCAACCAGUAUGUGCCCAGACCAGGUGUCCAGUACUACAGAGAUCUUGCUGGUAAUGUCAAACAGGGUCCUGUAGGCUUUGCCCCAGUCUGCCAAUGUACGCCCGCCUUGAAACAAUUCGAGCAGAGGAUCGAGAACGAUAACCGUAAUGUCUACAAUCACGUUGAAGUUGCUCGGAAGAUGUUGACAGAAAGAAUAGACAUGCUUGAUCAUAGAGGGCAGCAGCAGAUGUUCCAGGUCGGCGAUAUGUUCGAAGAGGAUGAGGAAGCAUGUCGGGAACGUAUUCACCAACGCAGUUUGGAGGAUCGUCAAUACCAGGAGCAGUUUGUUGAAGAUUACUCUGAUGGUCUGAAGAAUGAGUUGAAAACGUGGACAGCAGAUCGCAUGAAGUCGCUGGAGCGGCGGGUCGUGAAAGGCCAUCACCAUGACGAUGCUGAUUGGACACACGGACGGCCACAUAAAUCUGGUGGGAUGGUGCAGUCGUUAAAUUACAACAAUAUUGUCGAAGGACGUCUGUACCGAGCACGAUCAGACGAGACAUUGUCGGUUUCCGAAUACAAUCAGAAGCAAAAGACAGAGCGGGAAAUGGCACACCAGGUGGCGCUGAGAGAAUUACGUUCUAUGCAGCGCUCACGGGCAGCUAGAGAUGAUCGUAGGAGGGAUAGGAAACCGCCACAGCGGAAGGAACCGGCAAUGGUUAAGGUGCAGUUUGAGCAUGACAACAUGCGUAGAGUGCAGUCUGCUGGACGGGAACCGGUUAUAGGGAGAGAGCAAGUAUCUGAUACGAUUCACCGGUCUCAGUCUGCGGGGCGGGAAAUACCGUCAGGGAGGGAUAUGAUGCAGUCAACUGGACGAGAACCUAUGCAUCAGAUGGCCCAGGAGAGGGAACGAGUUCCUGGGAGAGACUAUGUUCAAGUAAAACCUCAUCCUGAUCAGUUCAGGAGAGGUUCUGUCCCUGAUCAAUUCGGUCGGAGAGGAUCAAAUUCAGAUCAGUUCGGUCGGGGAGAAGCUAACCCAUCAAGGGAGAGGGUUCAAGUGAGGGAGCACAGCUUAUCAAGGGAUCAGUAUUUGAGGAAUAAUACACCUCAGAGAGAGUAUCCUGAGCGACGAGGAUCUGUUCCGGUGCUGGAUCAUUUAUAUCCAAGAGACAUGCCUCCAAAAAAUGAAAAACAUUUUAACCAAGAGAGAAUUUUUGAUGGCCAGGAGCAAAAAUUUUCUCCAUUACGGACUAGCCCGGAUGGGCAUAACUUUCGGCCAACCUCAUUUUCUGAGGGCACCAGUGGUGACUUGAGAAUGAUAAACAGAACUGAAUUCUAUUCACCACGAAAAGUGCAUUCGCAGGAUGAAUUGUCCCCGAAGAAGAAUCAGGGACAAGAAGCAAGGCCUGAUUUAAGUGCUAAAAGUUCACCAAAUGUUAGUAAUCCACCGAAUGUGCCACUGAAAACACUUGAUCCAAAUCUGCUUCAAAGGUUUGAAAAGAUGGACACAAAUGGUAAUGUGCAUGUUGUGCAUCCAAGGCAAGGCCUUCCUUAUGAUAGAGACAAUUAUUACGACAAUCGGUCACCGGGACAUAUUCAGGAGAAGACUGUUGCUAGGGCUCCACCUGUUGCUAAUGAGGGCCAUAAAUCUGAUCCGAAUCUCCUUGAUGUAACGAAACAAAACACCAGUUUCAAUAAGAACAGUAGCUUUAGAGACAACAGUUAUAACAAUAACGAUGGUUACAAAAAUAACGGUCAUAUUCAGAUUGGAAGUCAUAAUGGUGCAAACAGUAGCCGCAGUGCUAACAGUAGCUAUAGUGACAGUUUUAACAAUAGCGGAAACUAUUAUCAUGUGCAGCAUUCCACUGCUAAUUACGAUAACCACAACCAUAGUGGUAGCGAACCGUCCUAUGCUUACAUCGUCCCAAAACAGCAUCAGAAAACAGACUCUGGUAGUAACCCAGAUUCUGGGUACAGCAGUAAGAUAUACGGUGGAAAGGUCCAGCCCACUCCGAGACAAAAUGGAUCUGGGAGCCCGAAUACCCCGGGUUCAACUUGUAGUACUGGUCAUAAUAUUUCAAGCAUCACAUCAACGUCCAUCUCGACUGAUCAGAGCUUUCCCAGCGCCCACAGCUCGCCCGUUUCAUGUGCCUCGGACAAUGAGUCGAAUCAGCGACAGUAUUAUGAACGCGUUUCGCAGGAGAUGAAUCGUUAUUAUCAGCGACGGGGCGUUCCGCAGCACCCACCUGCAAGGAAUGAUGGACGAUUACAGUUUGUGAAUCCAGGGCAAAGACCCAACGUUGAGAGAAAACUAGAGCCUGUUACUGCCACUGAUGUGUGAGAGACUUGAGAUUGAAAGAAAUCGCUAUCUUUUCAAAUUUGAAUAAGAUUGUUUAAAUUAUAUAUUUUUGAUGAUUGUCUAAUGCAUUUCAAAUUUGGGGAAGGGGAUAUUUCACUAAUAUCUGAUGUCAAACAGGAACUUGUUUAUCAUAUUUUGGUGAUUUAUUUAUAACUUCUGUCAAAAAGCUCAUUCUUGACUGGACAGUUUGAAAAAUAGGCAGCGGGUCUCAAGCUGCUAAGUGAAAUAUUGGGAUGCUUGAUUCCUUCUUAUGAAGGUGUACAUUGAUGCAGAAUGAAUUUCAUUGUAUGAAUUCAAGUUGUCUUACUUUUGUAAGUCAUCAAGAUUUUUCUCCCUUGGAGUGCUGUAAAAUAUACAUAAUGUCUAUAUCCUAUAUAUUUUAUAACACUAGACCUGUAUGGUGUGCAUGUCCUAGUGUAUUGUUACUGGAAGCUGUUAUAAGUUUUUGAUACUGUAUUUGGAUUGUAUUUAUUCCACACUUUGUACAUAUUUCCUGAUACUUGCAUUCCGCCCAAUGUCAAUGUGUUGACAUUUGAAUAUCAACAGCCCAUGAAGAAAUUGUUUUGACCAAAUCUGAUUGGUACUGCCUGUACCCUUUAUUGCUUAGAACCAGUCAGUUGAUUGGGCAGUAUGGCAAAAUAUUCUCAGUCACCUCCAUAUCAGUAAGUUUAUCGACCUUUAGUUCCCUCCCAUAGCAUAAUGUGCACAUUAUUUAUAUGACAUGACGGGUAGAAUAUAAUUUCAACCACAGUGUAAAUCUUAGUAUGGAACCCCAGAUGGACUCACUGAAGUAUUUCAGUAUGUAGAAUUUGUAAAUAUUCCUUAUUAAUGAUAUGUACAUUCUUGUAGACAAGCAUUAAUGGCUGCCAUUGAUAUCAUUUCGAAAUGUAAGGGCCCUUUAUCUUUGAAAGCAUGACUCCUUAAAAGGACUAUAGGCGGGAGCUUGGGGUGGUCGAGUCGGUGGUCAAACAUAGUAGAUACCAAUUGGCAACUUUGUGAAACUUUUUCAUGGCCACCUAGCUCUAGCCUAUAAUCUGUGUAAAUCUUGGAGCUCUGUGCAAGUUCAGUCCACAGUUGAACCGUCCUCUUUUCAUUUUUUCUGGCCUUGUAUUGACCUUUCGGCAUUGGAAUUGAUUUGUCCGAGCCUUGCACCUGAAGGACCGCGCAAACAAACCGUUUAAAAUGCUGCAACCAGUGAUUACUAUCUGCUUUUCGAGACAAAAAUAUCUCUCACCAUCGCGGCUCCUCAGUUGAACCGGAGACCUUGGACAUUAAGAUUGAGCAGUGGAGGGACAGACAAAGAAUGAUAGCAUUGUAGUGACAUUGUCCUUGCAGCAUUCCCGUUUACAUUUUAUAGUUGCGAGUUUUGAUUUAUCCGGUACUUCAGCCAUUCCGUUUUUAUCACGAGACAUUGAGCGAGUCUUGUUGGCUCAUUAUGCAGCCAGUUCAUUGUUCCUGUUAUUUAUUAUUAUUCUUAGCAAAUGAAAUAAAAGCUUUCAGAUGA